AUGAAAAGACAUAAAUUAGCAAUAAAUUUAAAUAAAAAUAAAUUUUCAUGCAAGUUAAAAAAGAGAAUAAUAAAAAUUAUGUCUGUUAAUAACAGAGCAAGCUCUUCAGAGCCAUUUCUAGAUAUAGACAAGAAUUAUGAGAGCAUAAAAACUGAAUCGCCAAGCCCAGAAAAGCAAAAUUAUGGAAACCAUAAGAAUUAUUUAAAUAAAAUCAAAAUGAGGCUUGAUAACUUUAGAAAUGAUGCUGGGACAGCAGAAACCAAUGAAAAAAAAUUCAAUAUAAAUUCAAAUACUCUAAAUUUUAUGGAAAAAUUACAAAAAAAUUUAAUCAACUCUCAAAACCUUAAAAGCGCUUCUGAAAAAUCUGAAAAUUUAACCUUAAAUACUGAAGAAGAACAAAGAAGCAUGACCAAAAGAAGCCACAACAGUUCUUUUAUUUCUGAUAUUCCAGAAAUAUCCUUCUGUCACAGCAGAUAUCGCUCAAGAUCUCUCUGCUCCAUAAAUGAAUUUUCAUUUCAGCCCAAAAUCAGCGCUAAGUCUUCAAAACUAGCCAAAAAUCAAGGAAAAGUAAUAGACAGGCUACUUAAGCCAUCCAAAGAUAUUGACCAUAAAUUCGAAACGUAUAGCUACAGGCCAAAACUUAACAAAGUCUCUGAAAAGCUUGCAAAAUCACGGUCAAAAUCCAAUGGCCAAGAUAUAUGGGAAAGCUUAUAUCACUCAUGCAAAGAAGUUCCUAUAAUCAAUGAAAAUGACGAAAGUGCAGAAAUUGAGAAGGAAUGCACUUUUCGGCCAAAAAUUGAUAACCCAGCCACAAAUGUAAAAGCAGAAGACACAAUAAAAAGACUGGUUCAGUGAGGAAAAAAUGUGAAAUCAAUGAAAAAAGAAAAAUCUAUAAUAAAAUUGCAUCAGGAACUCAAAGAAUGCUCUUUUACGCCAAGUAUUUCAGAAAUGAGAUAUUCUCCUGAUAGGAAAUGGAAAGAGAAAAAAGACGUUAAAGACCAUUUACAUAGGCAAAAUAUGGCUAGAAAGAUAAAACAAGAGCAGAGUGAAUUAGAAACAAGUUUCACUAAAAAUUAUGAUUCCCCAGUGCAAACUCAGGCUGCGAAAACGUAUAAAGAUUUGUCGAAUCAAGCUUAUAAAGAGGCAUUAAAGAAGCUUCAUGCAGAUCUUCAUUCUUUUUCUCUUAAACUUUAA